GCUGACUUUGCUUGAGUGUUUGUGUGGUCGCGCUGUCCGCGAGAGGCAGGGACGCGGUUAUCCUGCAACGAGCGAACGGGGUCUGUUUUCCAGUGUUUGUGCUGCGGAACCGUUGAGAAGAGCGUUGUUUGGUUCUUCACCCACCUCCCCGUUGGAUAUCGUAACCCCAUUUUGUUCUGAUUGCGGCCGGAUGUGAUCUUCUGGCGCAUCUCGUGCCACUCCUCAUCUCGCCGUCUGCAUUACAAUCAAAAGUAUGCAGGCAAAUUGUUAGCUACUGAACGCUGCUGGAAUAGUGAUGUGCUCAAAGGCAAGUACUCGUGAUUCAUCCUGACCACGGUGCACCGCUGGAUGCAGCAUCGACUGCACCGGAAAGUGGCGUGAGAGGCUGUGAAAAAGGAUAUAGCUAGAACGACGAGAAUAGCUCCUUAAUCGGCUUCCGCGGACGGCGGUCAAAUCAGGUUUCCAUCAAAGAUCAUUGCAAAGAAGGUGUGCAACUUAGAAAACCGCAACCAUGGAGGGUAGUACGAUCAGUAUGCAGAUGGAUGUGAAGCUGGAUAUCCGCGAGAGGAAGCUAGAGUUCUCGCACAUGAAGUCAUGGUCGCAGUACUUUGUGAAGAUCGAAGCGGUAAAGUGUUUCCCGUGCUACAUGCGAAUUUCGUUUUUUUCCUCGCCGAACGAUCGAACGACCGAUCUGAUCGUGCGUAUUAACAUUCCCGGCCUGACGGUACAGAUGGCCACCUCGCGCACCAAACAACAUUCGUACGGUCUUUUCUGGAAAAACAAUCGUAAACGGUGCUGCGCCUACUUUGCCUUCGAGACGCAGCUAAUGUGUGAACGCCACCUUCGAUGGAUGAAAAAGUCGAUUCGCAAUCUCGAACUAUACCGCCAGGAGAUGAUGCAGUUGCGGCGUGCCAGUCGCACUCCGGCCUGUGAGAUCCGACGCGAAAUGCAGCCUCUCGCUCUUAUGGCGCCUCCCUUAGUGAUGGUGCCAUCGGCACUUGGUUGUGUCGCUUGGGAUGAUCUCGGUAUUUAUCAGAACCUCGAUUACACGGGCAAUAUUAUGGAUUUGCAGGACUUUUUGGGACCGCUUCCGAUGGUUCCUUCUGAUCAGACAGGCCAACGUUCUCGCCCGCAAUCAGAUCCUAGCGGUGCCACCAACGAGUGCCUCCAGAAUUCAGGCAUGUCGGGUAUUUACGAAGAAAUUCGUGAAACUGGCACAGAUCAGGUAGAUUCCCAGCUGUCGCGUCUUUCGAUUGCUUCUGGUAUCUACGAAGAGAUGCGGCCGGUGUUUGGGAAGGGGGCAAAUACGAUUCAAGAGGAACCAAUAACCCCACCGCCUCCACUGCCACCUCGCCGGCGUCUCAACACAAACGAAGACAUGGAAGACGAACACCAUCUAUCGUUGCACACACCGGAGAUGGAUAGUUUGAAGAAGAAACGGAACUGGUUGCGCUUAGAUGCGGUAUUUGGUCGCAAGCGUACUACAAGCGGUGAAUCGCAUGGGUCGUCUAAAAAAGGACAGAGCAAGAAACCGGGAGUGGGAAUGGAAAAACCUGGAAACAUAUCACCGGUAACCGUCGUGCAUCGAAAGAACGUCUGUCGGUUGCGUUUCGGAGGAAACAAGCGAAACAGUUUCUCGAGUCCUGAUCUAAGCCGUUUGCAGAUCGAUGUAGAACCGGUCAAGGCUAGUGACGAUGAGCUGGGGGUCGGUAACACAUCUUAUGAUAAUCUUUCGGAUGGCAACGGUUCCUGUACGUCCGAAUUUUAUCCGCAACACAAUAUCGAUUACAUCGAACUGGACUUUGGUUCGUCGGAAUACCUUAACAUGUCCAUCGCAUCAUCGUCGGGAGGUCUGGAUCAAGAGAUGGAGAACCGAACAAGUGUACUAGAUGGUCGCCGUUUGAAUAUUUCGGAACGUAUUCUGGAAGGAUUCAACCGAUCGGCGAAUUCUUCAACAGUGAACCUUGUGGGUAUGGCUUGCAGUGCGUCAAUUCCGGAAACUGAAGAACCAAAGGAAGAAACUUUGUUAGCAAAGCAUGAAUCAGUGUUCGAUAAACAGCAGAACAUGGGUGGCUACAUAGAAAUGGGACCUCCGGGAACAGGUUUCAACCGCCAAAAGCUUGUCGAGCAAUGCGAUCCCGAGAAGAAGCAGAUCCCAAAGAGUACCGUUGAUAACGGAAGUGAAUCGAUUUACAUGAUAAUGACCGGAGGAGGAAAGCAUCCGGAACCAAUUCGAUCCAGCUCGACCAGUAGCAGCAGCAGUAGUAGUAGCGGCGUCAGUAGCGCAAGUGAUCGGUCAGCAAUCAGCAUCGAUUCAUGCAGCGUUCCCAUGAAACGUAACUCGGUUGAUGAUAAGAUUCCGUCGUACUAUCCCAACGAAGACAUUCUUCGAGUGCCACCACGCAAAACUACGACGGACACAUGCAGUCCGAAGGUGGCGGUCUGUCAUGAUGAAUCACCAUUCUAUGGAAACUGUACACCAGUGUCUUCGCAAUCAGCGAGUACGUUACCGCGAACAACCAAAUCCGCUCAACGUCCUAUUGCAGAAGCUACUCUGGAUAUGCAAGAUCGCGUACAGGAAACGUUCCGUACGCCAAAGCCAGUCCAUCGACGUCAUUUUACUGUCGGCCGCAAUGCUUUUGACGAACAUCCUGGUGACUGCACUGGGUCGUCACCUGAAUUGUCACCAAAACUGUUUCCAAAGUAUGCGACAUUCUCCAGAGCGAGCUCUUCAAAGACAUUGGGAGCUGAUUCUAUUAGUCCUUUGAGCAGCGGAAAGCGAUUCAGUUCUAUGUCUCGGUUCGGCAAAAUCGAUUUCACACCACUACGGCUGAAGAUUAACAGUGUGCUUCAACGACAAGGCUCGGGGGAUGUGUACAAAACUCCAUAGAUAUUAUUCGUGAUUGAAACGCUAGUUCAGGAACUGAUCUCACCGAUAUUACCCAUCAGUAGGAGGUUUAGGACAGAGAGCUGUAACGACAUAUCUUUGCUGCGAUUGUGGCUCGUUUUAAGCAUUGAUUCCAAAUUGCUCAAAUGAAGAUAGCUUUUUAGGCGUUUAGCUUUUUGUUUGCUCUCGUUAUUACGAUGAUGAAAUCUCAUUAUCAAUGGUAUUUUAUCGCCAGUUCGUUGUGGAACUUUGCCUAAAGUUAAAGCUUUCAGCUUACUGCUGCCUUUUGCACGAUCUACCGAUGAUCAUAGAUGUAGCAUGCUUUUAAGUGCGUAAAGAUAGAGAUGAUAGUUAGAAAAUGGUGAAAAUGUAUGCAAAGAGGUAGAGAGCGCAAUGGAAAGACGAUUCUACUUGAGGAAAGAUACAACUACAUUUAAGCUUACUUCGUAAAAGACAUUCAAGGUGCUUUAAAGGCUUGUUAUUGCUAUUUCAACUAAUGUACAAGCGCUUAGUAACGUGUCAGAAAGAUAUAGAGAUUGCGUUGUAUUCUCAUAAGGUAUGUGCUUGCUUAAGAGCCGCGAUAUCAUGGUGCCCCCGUCCGCAAUCGUCGGUCGUCAAUCCUCAGGUUCACUUUUACGGAAAGUAGUAUAGGGAAACAGAGGGGUAGAAUAAAAACUUUGCAAUUGAAUGCUGUGAUUUCCACCGACUCAAAUCGAAACGGGAGCCUCUUGCUCUUGCAUCCAAAACAAAAACUAAGGACAUUUUGAGGAUAGACGGAGUGCGCGCAAAUGCUUGAUAGUAGAAUCUCUUUACAUAAAUAUCAGCCAAAAAGUUCAAACAGGCCAGGUGCAAGAGCGAAACAAGGUGGGUUAGAACAGCAUUUAAUAGUAAUAUUAAAUUGUACACAAAACGGUUGACCUCGAACCAUAUCAGCGAUCGAAUGGCUUGUUGUGAAUGAUAUAAAACGUGUGAUAAAAUGGUAAACUUUCUUUAAAAAAUGCUUAUAUGCCAGCGCGUGAAAGUGUAACGGGAAUCUGCUCGAUGAAGGAGCAACAAGUGACAAAAAAAGUAACAAAUAAAAAACCGAUGUCCUUCUUGUUGAUCUCGGAUCGGGAAACCAGCCAAGCAGACGAUUUGUCCAGAAAAGGUACAUUGAUGACGUCGAAAUUGUAAAAAUUGAUUUGCUUUCGUAAAUUUUGAGAUUAGUAAAUAAAAACCGGAAAUU